AUGGAAAAUCAAAAGAUAAAUUUUAACAAUUUUAAAUACUCAACAAAUGUCUCCGAAAAAUCAUUAAUAUUAUUAAAUUUUAAUUUGGUAGAAAAAGAAGUUUCUAUUAAUGUUUUUUCAUAUUUUAUUUAUGGUUUUGGUUUUGCAAGAUGUGUCUCAAUUAAUAAAAAUAUUAAUAUGUUUAAACUAAUAUUAUAUGAAAAAAAAAGAAAUUUAUAUAUUGUUGGUAAUACAUCAAGUAUCGUUAAGGAAUGUCCAUGGAGUUGGGCAGGUAAAUGUGAAUGGAAUUCAUUUUAUGUUGUCUUUUAUAUUCCUAAUAAUUUUGUAAAAAAUCUUGAAAAUAUUACAAUAUUUAAUUUAUAUACAUCAACAAAACUUGAUGUUACAAUAAAAAGAACCUAUAAUACAAAAAAAAAUAUAGAUAAUUUAACAAUUUGCGUACCACCAUUAUAUUGGUAUAACAAUUUUCUUCAAUUAUUUUUAUUCACCGAAAUUUGGAAAUUACAUGGAGCAUCUCAUUUUAUUUAUUAUUAUUAUUCUGUCUCUGAAAAUGUAAUGAGUCUUUUAAAAUAUUAUGAAUCUAAACAAAUAGUAACAUUAAUUCCAUAUAAAAGUUUACCAAAAUCUAAUUUAAUAGAUCCAAAUAAAAGUGUUUAUCGUUAUGGUCAUUUAACUGCAAUAAAUGAUUGUUUACAAAAAAGAUACUCCAAAUAUUCUACAGUUAUUGAUGUUGAUGAAUUUUUAUAUUAUAAUGAAACAAUAUUUUUAAAUAAAGAAAAUUUUUAUCAAUAUAUUGAAGAGAUAUUUAAAAAAAAUAAAAAAUUAAGUGGUAUAUUAUUUUCACAUCAUGGUUUACAAAUUGAUACAAAAAAUAUGAAAGAUGAUUUUGAAUUUUUACAAAAAACUUAUAUAAAUUAUUUUAAAGGACCACAAAAAUAUAUAAUUAAAUCAAAUAGAAUAGAAAUUGUUGAUUCACAUAAACCAUUAAAAUAUAUGAAAUAUAACAUUAAAACAAUAAAUUUUAAUGAUGCUUUCCUUUUACAUUUACGUGCUAAUUGGGCAUACAAAAAUAAUAAAAUUUACCAUAAAAUUAACUUAAUCUCAUUAAAUCAAACAAAACUAAUAAGUGAUCAAUUUAUGUAUAUUAAAAAAAUAUUAAAAUUUUCAAAAGAAUUUAACUUUCAGACUGAUGCAUUAAUGAUAAUGAAUAAAUGCCUAAGUAAGUGGAAGAUGAAUGGUUGUAAGAUACCUAAUGAUUUUUGUCAAAAAGAACUAUUAGAUGUUGAAAAAUGGAUAAAAAGUGAUGAUAUAUAUACACCAGAACAUUACUUAAUUUUAUAA